GAUGGGGCUGAUGCCACCGGGCCAUGACCAAGGUUUUCUGCUUGUCCCAGGCAGGAGCCUCGUGAUGAGGUGCCCGUCACUGCAGAAAGCACCGUCUGGUCCUGCUUCCCCCUGUGCUGCUGCGGGGUCAGGGCUGAACUGGGCACCAGUGGCUGAAUCCUGCCCUUAGUGGGGCAGCAGCCUUGGUUUGGGGACACUGGGGACAGAGAUGAGGCCCCGUCCCCUGCUCCAGGUGUCACACAGCAUCCCUGGGGGAGGGUUUCAUCCUGCCCUCAUCCUUUGGGACCACCGUGUCCCAAAGCAAGCGGGUGCUCAGCUCCCCUUGGGAAGCAGUGUGGGUCUCCCGGGAAUGCGGGCAGCCCGUGGGGCAGGGCUAUGGGACAAGGAGAUGUCCUUAGGGCAGGACAUCGCUGGAGCAGGAUCCAGAGCCACCAGCCCCACAGCUGGGGCUGACUCAGCAUCACGUGAAGCCGGGAGGGAGCCGCUGCUGGAUCCCCCCCUCCCUUCCCGGUCUCCUCCUUCCCUCCACCCCUGGAGCAGCUCCCAAAACUUUCCAGCUGCCGCUUGAACUUCCUCAAUCCGGGAGCAUAAAAGAGCCGCGGCCGCAGCGCCUGCAUCCCGGUCCUGGCUGCACCGUCCCCCGCCAGCACCGUGCUGGGCGCUCAGCUCGUCCCCAGGAUGUGGUGGCCCACACUGCUGGCCCUGCUGGUCCCUGCGGUGGCCCAGUUGCAUGCGGAGCGGGAGCUGGAUGCCCAGUGGGACCUAUGGAAGAAAACCCACCGCAAGCAGUACAACGGCGAGGAGGACGAGGCGGCGCGGAGGUUGAUCUGGGAGAAGAACCUCAAGUACAUCAACACCCACAACCUGGAGCACGCGUUGGGCGUUCACACCUUCGAGCUGGCCAUGAACCACUUGGGUGACUUGACCAGCGAGGAGGUGCUGAGGACAAUGACAGGGUUGAAGGUGCCCCGUGGCCGUCCCCGUCGCAACGAGACGCUCUACGUCCCUGACUGGACCGAGAGGGCCCCGGCGGCCGUGGACUGGAGGAGGAAAGGCUACGUGACCCCUGUCAAGAACCAGGGCCAGUGCGGCUCGUGCUGGGCGUUCAGCUCGGUGGGUGCCCUGGAGGGGCAGCUCAAACGCAGGACGGGGAAGCUGCUGUCCCUCAGCCCGCAGAACCUGGUGGACUGCGUGGCCAACAACGACGGCUGCGGCGGCGGGUACAUGACCAACGCCUUCGAGUACGUGCGGCAGAACCGCGGCAUCGACUCCGAGGAUGCCUACCCCUACAUCGGCCAGGACGAGAGCUGCAUGUACAGCCCCACGGGCAAGGCAGCCAAGUGCCGCGGCUACCGCGAGAUCCCCGAGGGCAACGAGAAGGCGCUGAAGAGGGCAGUGGCCAGGAUCGGCCCCGUCUCGGUGGGCAUCGACGCCAGCCUCCCCUCCUUCCAGUUCUACAGCCGCGGCGUGUACUAUGAUGAGAGCUGCAACGCCCAGAACAUCAACCACGCCGUGUUGGCGGUGGGCUACGGCACGCAGAAGGGCACCAAGCACUGGAUCCUCAAGAACAGCUGGGGCGAGGAGUGGGGCAACAAGGGCUACGUGCUCCUGGCGCGCAACAUGAACAACGCCUGCGGCAUCGCCAACCUGGCCAGCUUCCCCAGGAUGUGAGCCCCCAUCCCGCUUCCCAGCUCCCCUCCUUGCUCCCCGUCUCCGAAGCUGGUGUUGCUCCAGGGGAAUCUCUGCCUUUCCAUGAGAAACCUCCCCAGGAACUGGGGGAGGCCCCAGCUCCCUAUGGAAGUUGGGAUGAGCUCCCCCCAGCUCCUUUGCCGUGCCGGGUUCUGCCUUCCCAUGGCCACAGACACUCAGGGCCGGCUCCAGAGAGUCUGAUCCACCCGGAGAUGCUUGUGCAAACAGGCGCUGUUCCUCUGGGAAUGGGACAUCCCCAUGGAGAGCGCUGUCCCCCUGCGCGCCAAGGCGGGAUGCAAGGAAUGAUAGGACUUUAUUUUUAAAUAAACACUGUUGGGAAUAAA